UUUGCCGAUUUCAAAUCAUGGUGAGUCGUUCGCGUGUUCAGUCGUGGUUUUGCUGACGGGUUUUCCUGCUUUGCUGCGGAAAGUUUUUCGUCGUGCCGUGCGGCUGGUACCUGGCUAGAUUUUCUAUUUUUUUCGUGUUCCGUUUUCGCUACUCGGCAGUUUCACGGUCUUCAAGCGUUGGAUUUUGUCACUUUUUUUUUUUUCUCCCGUUCCGAGCUCGCGGUUGCUUGGUAAUUUUUCCAAACAAAGUGCCCCAUCGGAAGAAUUUGCUGUGUGUGGAAACCACUUGGGAGUAGCAGGAUAGCGGUGUGGUGAGUGAAAAAGUGCUCCGGCUGAUAAGAAAAGAUAGCAUUCUUGGGCUCUCGCUCCGUUGAAGGGAAAAGUGUCGCAGAAUUUGCAUUGUUUUGAAAUUCGACGGUGUAAAACAUUCUUCCGAGGCUUCCGAGGUGACAAGUGUGGCAACAAAAAGGAUAACGGUAAAAGAGUAUUGCGUUGCGAGAGGUGUUGCUAAACGUGAUUGUGUUGAAGCAGUUGGAGCCCAUAACAAAAAAGGAUACACGCGCGUGUGAAAGAUUCUCUCACGGAGUUCUUUUUCUUGUUCAGUGACACGUCUUGCAAUCAAGUGACCGUGAUUUCUCAAUAUCGCGUAAUUUUCAUCGCUCAUACAAGUUUGCUGGUGCUAAAAGAUAUCCUAUGAACGGCACUUCUUUGUUCUAUAAAGGUGUGAUUUCGUAGAAGACACGGAUUGAACAAGGUGGUGAAAUCGGUGGCGAUGUUCCCGCAGCACUAAUCAGUGACAACUAAUUGUGAAACCCAGAAAAUGAUUCUCAACCGAGCGUCAGGAAAUAUCAUGUUCUAGUGCCCGCGUAUUUCGGAACAAAACAGCGAAACCUGAUUCGAAAAUGGCUCAUUCGGUUUUAUAAUUUACUCUGCUUGCGCGUGUGUGGGAAGAAAUCAGGAUAACGGAAGAUUUGAAUGCUCUGGUUUUUUGAGCUGACCAACCAGAAGAGUAGUGUAAAUAUAGUGUUAUAAAUAAAAAAGUUGUUGAGCAACCGGUUGGCGCUCUGUGAUUUUCUCCUCUAAGUGUCUAUCAACAUAAUCUAAGCAAUGGAUACGCUUAAUUCAUCUGCGACGAGUCCUACCGGUAUCGAUGUUGCCCGUGUAUGGGCAAAUAAACCGGAUGAACCGUCGACUUCCUCGCAACAGCCCCAGCAGUUGAUACCGAUAACGGUGACUGCCCAUGGUACUACCGCGACUAUUCCCGCGGCCAUUACGUUCGUUAACAGUCCCAGUUCGGUUGCGCUUCUCGCUGCGGCAGCCGCAGCCGUUGCUUCCGGUUCAACCGGUAGUGGAAACAGUUCCGGUUCAUCUGCGGUGUCCAGCCUUGCGUUGGCUGCUUCCGCGGCUGCUGCUGCCAAUGGACCUGCGAAUAAAAAGUGUCCCUACCACCGGCAGUGUUCGAGAAACCAUCAUCAACAACAGCAGCUCCUGCUGCAAAACGGGCAUCGAAGCCAUCGGAUCGGAACCACAUCGUCGGUUCCCACUGCCAACGGGGUCGGUUCUACGGCCCUGUACCCGCAGCGAGAUGCCAUCUCAACGAACGCGGCCCCGCCGCUCAAUGCUGCAGUGCUAGCCGAAAGAUAUCUGCUGCUGGAUACGGUUGAGGGAAGCUCGCUCUAUCGGUGCAUCGAUAUCAAAACUCAAGAUGAGCUGGUUUGCAAGAUUGCCAACAACCCUUGCUCGAAUUUACUGACCGCUCAUUUUCGGUUGGAUAGGCAUCCGCAUGUCAACUAUCUGCACAAAGUUAUACAGGGAUCGAACCAAACCUAUCUGUUCUUCACACCAUCUCAGGGCGAUCUCCAUUCGCACGUCCGGGUCCGGAAGCGGCUUCGGGAGCCGGAAGCGCGUCGGCUGUUCCGGCAGAUGUGCGAAGUGGUUCGGACAUGCCACGAGCAGGGCAUCGUGCUGCGCGAUCUCAAGCUGCGAAAGUUCGUCUUCGCCGACAGUGAAAGAACACAUCUGAAGCUCGAAUCGCUCGAGGACGCCGUUGUGCUCGAUGAUCCGGCCGAGGACCUGCUGCAGGACAAACGGGGCUGUCCGGCCUACGUGUCCCCGGAAAUCCUGAAAGCCAACACCACCUACUCGGGCAAGGCCGCCGAUAUGUGGUCCCUGGGAGUGAUUCUGUACACCAUGCUAGUCGGACGAUACCCGUUCAACGAUUCGGAACACGCGUCCUUGUUCGCCAAAAUCAGCCGCGGUCAGUUCACCGUGCCCGAUUGCCUGUCGUCGAAGGCACGCUGCAUGAUUCGGGCCCUGCUGCGACGGGAACCGGAAGAACGGAUAGCCUCGGAAGAUGUGCUGUACCACCCGUGGCUGCAGCAUGACGAUAGCCGGGAUCAGUUAACCUAUGCCAAUGGUAGCAGCAGCAGCAAUGCUGGCAGCAGCCGUUCGUCCGGUUCUUCAGGAUCCAGCAGCCAACAGAACGAUGAUCAAUGCGUACCGGAGUGGUUCAAUCCGGCUGCCUCGACCGAAGCCGACGAACGUGGCCGCAAGGGAGGAAACGGUGGUCACGAGGAAAGCUCUAUGGUUUAAUCGCAGGAAGGACCACCAUCCUAGGAAAUGAUGUGUGCUGCAAAGCUGCAAUACUUCGAGAAUGCAGUUCCCACAUCCUUACGAUUUGGAGGAAAACAAAAGGAAUCAUAUCAGUUAUUUUAUUCACGAAUUAGAUCGUGAAGUUUUACGUGAACGGCUUUUAUGAAAUUUUCCGUUUUACGCACUUGUUGAAAGGACGCAAUGUUUUCAUUAUUUUAAUUAUUAUGAUUAAUUUUAUUUUAUCAUUGUUUUCUCGUCGGUUUUAGCGAUGUUAGGAAGGUAGUGCUUGAUUAAGGCAAAAUCCUUAGUUUUUACUUUUCCAAUGGCGCCUCAAAACUAGUACGAAUUUUGCGCGCAUUGCUAGUGCAAUGUUUGAGAGAGAGAGAGACAACAUUAUUAAGUUAGUGCCGAGCGCAUGAUCUCAGUUGAUAUUCUUUGAAAGAAUAGUUGUUGUUUUUAUCGUCAUUUUUCCGAUUCACGGAUUUUUGUCCUUUUCCAGUUUCAUAAUUUUUAACUGAACCACCAACCUUAUGAUUUCUUGCAGUUGCACUUUUUAAAAUCAGGAUAUUAUCGAAACAUUGAACUUUGUAAUUUUUGUUCUUUACGUAUGAAUUUUAAAUACCAUCUUUCUACCGCUUUCUUUUUCAUCAUGUGCAAUUUUCUUGUUCAAUCUGUUUAAAAUCGACUUCCAUCUUUGUGCUUUUACUACCUAUGAAUUUAAAGAACUACCAAAUUUCAUGUUUAGGUUUUGUUUUUAUCCUUCUGCAAAAAAAAAAUGGAUUUACAGAAAGUACGAAAACAAAAUUAAAUUAAUAAUUUAUUAAACUACAACAAAAAAAAACCAACAAACGGAAAUGCAAAUCGUUAUCAAGAUAACAAAACGGAGACUGAAAAUAACGUUUUAGUUUUAAGAAUAGGAGCAUGAUUGUUUGAAUAGUAGAAGCCACAUGCCAAGAAAUGAACUUGUUAUAUUCCAAAAACAAAGAGUUAAGUUUCAAAUCUUGUGAUAGUUAGUUUUUCUUUGGAAAACGAACUUUUUUUUCCAAAUGUCAACCUUUGGGGGAAAAAAUGUCCGUCAAAAUAGAACUUGUCAUUCAUGGUCAUCAUGAAGCUCCAAUAUAACACCCACACCAGAAACAAUUAUUAAGGCACGAAAAAGUCUUCUUCCCAUUCGUCAAAAGUCCCUGCGAUAUACCUAAUUAAAAAAGCAAUUUGUGAUUAAAACAGAAAAACAGAAAGAGAAUUAUUUUAUUGCUACUAAAGAUUGCAAACACAGAGAAAGAGAGAUAACCGAUAUUCUAUAAAUAUGUAAUCACAUUUGUGGCAGCUUUUCUUUGAAAUAAUUCGUAAAACACGGUGUUCUCCUGGACUUUGCAUUUACAUUCUACAAAGUGUAUGAGUAAAACAUUAAAUCACCUCAACUAGAUUUGCUACCAGUUGUCCUAUUAUUUAGUUUUUCAAAUAAAGACAAAAGUGACUUUAGAUUCUUAUUUUGUCAUACAAAAUUUUACCUAGCUCGUUAAAGUAUCAGUAGAAAUGCAAAUACAAAGUUCACGGGAACAUAGUCUAAAAAUACAGAAAAUGAUUGUUAGAGAGUAAAUCAAAUCUUCCGUUUGAGUGUAGGAAACAAAUCCUGAAUUCUUCCUAUUAAUUAUAAAAAAGAAGUUAAAAUAAAAUAACAAUCCAAACACACACGCGAGCGUUGUAAAUUCUUAGAUAGUUUUUAAAUACGAAAGGAUACUGUUAGCUCAACACAUUUUCUUCAUUUUUUAAUAGUCUAAAUACUAUUUUUUGCGAUUGAAAGUUUUUCGCUGUGUGUUUCGAAUGGCUGAGGGGGAGAGUUUCAAAAUUCUACCAGCGUGGAAGUAUUUUUGUGCGCGAAUAUGUGAUGAAUAGAGGCUGUGAUGGCCGGUUUUUGUUCAAGCGAGAGCGAUAGAGUUUGCUAACCAGACACACAAAAUAAGUUAAUAACGCAAUAGAUAAAUGUAUGCAAGUGGAAAAAAAUAAAUUUAUAUCUAUAUGAAUAA